AUGGCAUCCGAAGCACGACAAGAAGCGAAGAAGCAACUGCGCUCAGACAUCAAGGAGCGUUUAUCAGGGAUAAGCGAGGCUUCAGUCACGGAGCAAUCGAGGAAAGCACAAGAUAUUGUUCGCAAGCUUCCGCAGUACCAAGAAGCGAGCCGUGUUGGGAUCUAUCUCUCAAUGCCAAAAGCCGAAGCACAGACUGACCUGCUCGUACGCGAUGCCUUGCAAACUGGUAAAGCUGUCUUCGUGCCACACAUUUAUGCCGUCGGAUCAGAGAGGCCCAAGCGAAAAGUCAUGGAUAUGCUCCGUCUAGCCUCCUUGGACGAGUAUGACGGCUUGGAGCGAGAUGCCUGGGAAAUUCCGAAGCUGUCACGGGAAGGGCGAGAGAGUAGAGAAAACGCCAUGGGCGGCCUUGGGUUGUCGCUAAAUACUGAGGACGGCUCGUCCAAGGAAAUAGAGGGUGCGAGCGGGCUCGACCUGAUUGUUGUGCCUGGAGUGGCGUUCGAUCCGCAGAUGAAUAGAACGGGUCACGGAGCGGCGUUCUACGACACUUUUCUGACCAGGUUCUGCGAAGGAGACAAGCGGAGAAAGCCACAUCUAGGUAUGCAUUUCCAUCGCUUGUGCCAGAGCAUUUCACACUGACCUCUGCCAGUCGGGCUGUGUCUUGCAGAACAAAUAUGCCCGUCCGGUCAAUUGGUCAUGCAGGACUGGGACUGGAAAGUAGACGCGGUUGCGGUGGGAGAUGGAAGCUUGCUGACUUCAGAGAACAUUCAAUGA